GACACCGAGCUUUGGCUUCGGGCUAAACUGGAAGAUCCCUGGGCUGGUGAAAAUAUCUCUGCUCUUCUCACACCAGAUAUUUUGGAAGAAAUAGCUGCAAACUUUAACAGUUAUGAGCCACAAGUGAAGGCCAAACUAUUAAUAUCGAUAAUAAAUAUUAAACGAAGCGCUUUGAAAGGAUUAGAAGAAAAAUUAAAAGCAAUCUUUAACUCAGCUUCACAAGACAAAGAUGAAUGGGUAAAAGUGGUAUACCAUAUAACAAAGACCUAUAUAAAAAAUUUUACACUAAACACUCAUGAUUUUGAAACCUGUGGUAAUGCUCUUGAGUUGUCCUAUAAAGAAUGUGCGUCGGCUCUGCGGAACUCUAAAGUAAAUUGUUAUCCCCAAUACGCUUGUUAUUUGAACGAACGCGUUUCUAAAGAAUUGUUUUCGCAAGAAGCUGCUGAUAUUGUCGUUAAUAUUAAAAGUCGUCCGAAAUCCGACAAGCUUGCUACAGAAAUACGGGAAAUAUGUUGUAAAGCAGCGCUUGCCGAAAACUUCAAUUCUGUAUUGUCUUCCACUUCUAAGCAGGAAAAGAAUAUGAAGGUUCCAGCUUUAGGAUUUAAAAAAAGCGCCUUUUUUAACGAUCCUUCAGAUCGAAGAUCACAUCCUUCCUCUGUGCACAGAAAAAUUUCUUUCGGGACGCGCUUGCCUUUACACUCCUCCGUCAACGGCAUCGAAAUAGGAAAAAGCUAUAAUCAACAAAGAAGAGGGAUGGUUUAUAUGGGCGUAGAGGAAUCCGGGCUUGUGGAACAAAAACAAAUAAAGAGGAAAAAAACUGAUGCCGAACUGGCCGUAUUGGAAGAGGAAAAACUCGUUAAGAAAAAACUUAAAGAAGAAGAAAAAGAGAAAAAAAAACAAGAAAAGCUAGAAAAGGCGCUUGAAAGGAAAAAAUCUCUUGCUUUGAAAAAACAAAGAAGAGCUGCUUCGAAUACUGAGCCUCCCCCUCCGUCUGCUAGGGAAGAUAAGCCUUCGACUUCGCCGUUGCAAGAUGCCAGACAAAAUAUGAGUUCUGAGCUACCCUCACAAGAGAGGCAAGAAAACGAUGGCGAACUUUCUGAUCUCAAGGAGAAGAGUAAACCACUCCUUAAAGGGACAAAAGCCAAGAAGGAAAUAAAGCAAACUAAUAAAAGUUUGGAGGAGGAGUCGGUUCGGUUGAAGAAAGCAAAGAAAAAAGCGCGGCGGGAGAGAAAAAAAGAGUGGAAGAAACACAAUCCUCUGCCCAGCGACCACGUGCAGCCUUCCUCUGCUUCUAACAAGGAACGGGAUCUGGAUUUACAAAAACUACCAGCGUUUCACCAGCAAAAAAUAAAAACCACAGAGCACGUGGUUGAGCCGGCUUUGAUGGGGCCCUUUAGAGUACCAAUUCCCCCCGCCCCCUGCUCCCAGGAGCCGGCUUUUCUCGCGCGGGAGCAACCCCCGAAUUUUUACAAUGGCGAGAGCACACGACACCCGCAAGCACCUCCUUACGGUGCGCCUCGCAGUAGUUUUUAUCCUUACUUGACUGGCGUUCCACCCUCUCCUACGCCGUUGGGAGGCCCCAGUGCCUCGCCACUUCUGUAUGAUCGGCUGCAGCAGCCCGGUUAUAUGGACACCCAUCCUUAUGUGAAACUUUUAAGACGAGUAGAGCAGGAACACGCUCAAACUUUUCAGUUGACUAAUUGCCUCACUGAUGUAGAUCGGAUUACCAUUGCCCGCUUUAUUGACGGCGACCGAGAAAAUCCGAACCCUGCUAUCUUCUCGAAUGUACAUCACAUAUUAAUGAACGAAGAGUAUGUCAAGAACUCUAAUGGUGAAGAUACAAUAGAGCAGAUUAUCUUUGAAAUGAAUUACGAAUUUAAAAGUUGGAAGCGUUUAAAGCGUAGCGGGGUAGUAAAAAUGACUGGCUGAUAUGUUUUUCUUAAUACUUAAUUUAUUAAAAUUAAGAU